GGAGGCGGGAGCAGAGCCCGGGAAGCCUCGCUGGUCCUGCCGCGGCCGGGCGGCACCGCGGGAGCUGGGACGGGAGGGAUGGAGGGAGGAGGACGCCGCUGUCGCCGCUCUGGAGCUGAAUAGCUGCUUCUCCCACAGCCCGGRCACGGCUGCACAGCCCCUUAUCCCRYAGCUGGGCUCCUCGGCCGCGCUGAUGGCCAUGGAUUCAGCGGUGCGGAUAGGAAUAGCCAGCAGGAAUUGCCCAGGCUCCAUCCCCACACCUGCUAAGCCAUUUGAAAAUGCCAACCUGAGCUUUUUUGCCCUGUCCUUUGACGGAAUCUUUCAUUGCGCUGUAUUUCUACCCCAAGAAGAAGUUAAUAUAUAUUACUUGACAUGUUCUGUAUAAAUAAUUAGCAUAGGCUUUGUUCUAUGCUAAUUAUUUAUACAGUGUCGCGUGUUGAAGAUGUCAGCUGGGAAAYGCAGCACAGCAAGAAGAAAGGUUGGAGUCUGUCCUGGCUGGCGUGUGAAUCAGGAUUAUCUGCAGGAAUUUGUCCUGAGAAAACUCCAGUAACCAGCCUUCUUGAGAGCAGUAGAGGAGAAGGGUGCACUGACAAUGGCUGCAGAGUUGGAUUUCUCCCCACCUGAAAUYCCUGAGCCCACAUUCAUGGAGAAUGUGCUACGCUAUGGACUCUUCUUUGGAGCCAUUUUCCAGCUGAUCUGUGUGCUCGCCAUAAUCCUGCCCGUGUCAAAGUCCCACAAGACAGACUCGGACAGUUUUGAGCCUAAGAAUUCAGAGACUGUGAAGAAGCCAAAGGCAACUGCUCCACAGAUAAGCAAGAAACCCAAGAAGGAAACCAAAAAGAAGCGAUAGAGGUGUGACUGAUGAGCCUCCAAAGACCAAAUAACCACCAUAAUCAUGCUUCCUCAGAGACAACAUCAAAGGCAACUAACUCUGUUCAUGGUUUUCCGGCAUUGCCAUGUUUUAYUUUUCAGGGGCAAGGGAGAAGAAACUGAGAGGAGUGUAAGGGUUGGGGUUCUGCCAUAGAUUUCUUACAAGCAAAGAGAAUUUCACAUAUCCAGGACUUCAUUUGACAUGAUUAAUGUGUCAGUCACCGUUAAAGUGACUUCUUCCAGUUCUGGUGGGUAGGGAGGGCUGUUGUCCUGGCUCCUCCAUGCUGGUUGGGACUUGUAGUAAAGYCCUUGUGGAAAGUGGAGCAUGGGUUUGCUGCUUUGGAUACCAGUUUGUGUUGUGUWUUUUGAAGGCAGAGGGAUCAAAUGGAUCAAGAAUAACACACUGCACAGCUUUGUAUUCAUCUCUGUUGUCAUCUAGUCUGAAGUACAUAGCUGCAUUUUAUGGCUUAAUCAUAAUGCCUUUGUCAUAUUCUUUAAUUCUUAAGGUAAUAACUCACCAGAUUCCAGACUACUGGAGAUGAAAGCUUUCAUUUCCCCAGCGUCACUGCCUCUUGCUCCCCACCCAUGUACUCUUCCUUUCUGUUCCCACCUUUGAAAGCAGGUACAGUUCAGGGAGCUGAGGCUGUGGUGGGGAUUGCAAUGACUGCAAGAAUCAGGAAACAAUUUGGCUCUAGAAGGUGCAGAAUGUAAUGCCUGUGCUUGUGAAGUUGUUGUUGGAAACUUGGGAACACCAAGCACUGCAUUUGGAAAAGAGUUGCUGAGAUGGGAGCAUGGGCAUGGUGCAGUG